AUGAGAUCGGAUGGGAUGCAAUGGGAUAGGUUGGGAUCGUUUGGGAUCAAAUUGUACCGGAUUGAAUGGGAUCAGAUAAGAUCGGAUGGGAUUGAAUGGGAUGGGAUAGGAUGGGAUUCAUUGGGAUGGGAUGAUGGGAUCGGGUCGGAUAGGAUUGGGAUCGGAUCAGAUAGGAUGAGAUCAGAUCAGAUGGGAUCGGUUCGGAUAAGAUGGGAUCGGAUGGGAUCGGAUGGAAUCGAAUCGUACUGGAUAGAAUGGGAUCGGAUGGGAUGGGAAGAGAUGGGAUCGGAUGGGCUGGGAUGUGAUGAAAUGGGAUGGGAUCGGAAAUGA